AAUCCUCAUUGUUUGACGAAUUAAAUGGGAUGUUUGCUCUCUUAAACUAACAGUCAAGAAUUGCAAGAAUUAAAAGGAAAAGAAACCUAACAAAAAUCAACUUCGUCUUCCAUCUAAAAGAAUCUUCUUUUAAAAAUAUGUUACAGUGAUAUCAUUCCAUUCAAUCCAAAUGGAGAGUGAUUCUUAUGAUCCAACUGGACGACCUUGGAAAGAAGCAAACUUUGAUCUGAAAUAUUUCUGGGCAGCGUUCGUUGCACUGACAGCACUGGCUACUACGUUUACAAACGCGUUGGUUCUUCUUGCUGUGUGGAAAGAUCCAAAUAAGAAUUUGCAAAGAUCUCCGUCUAAUCUACUAAUCGCGAGUCAAGCGCUGGCUGAUUUCUUUGUAGGUUUGGUACAAGAUCCCUUGUGUGCCUGGUGGAUUUUAACAUUUUCUUCCGUUGCUGUUCACACCAUCGAAGCUGUGAGUUCUCUGUUUUUAGUUUCUUCCGUCUUACAUGCGGUAGCUUUGUCAUUCGAUCGAUACGUGGCUGUAGCAAGACCAUUACAGUACAACGUGACUAUUACAAAGAGAAGAGUAUUUUUCUGGAUUUUGAUUAUCUGGAUAAGUAGCAUCGUCUACAUGUCGUAUCGCACGAUUUUGAGAGAGCUCGACUUCUCAAUCGUGCUGAUAAACAUCAUAUCUGGGGUUCACACUGUGCUGCCGUCAGGUAUCAGCGUGAUGUUUUACAUUCGCCUUUACUGCAUGGUAAAAAAUCUUCGAAAGGGGGCUAGCAGCCUCGACGAAUCAGGGAAAAUGGUUAUCAACGCGUACCAAAGAGAACGAAAUAUGACGAAAGCCAUGUUGGUUGCACUGUGUUUGUUUUUAUUCUGUCUCACUCCUUGGUUUGUUUUCUACCAAGUUAUUGGUGCAUGUCCCACCUGCGAGGAACACGAACCUUACCAAAUGUAUUUAUUUGCAAUUUUUUAUUACAUCUUUACCAUGAAAUCUUUGCUGAAUCCGUUCUUGUACGCGUGGCGUCUCCCAAAAUACAAAGCAGUCUUCAAAAGUCUGUUAAGAACGGGAACAAACAGCCAUCGACGAAUCGAAGUGAUGAACUUAUCUGAGACAAGCUGA